AUGACCACUGACUCCAAUCCCAUUCUCCCUCCUUCCAUCACCCCGCCCCAUUCUCCCGCAUUCCAUCACCCCGACCCAUUCUCCCGCUUUCCAUCACCCCGCCCCAUUCUCCCGCUUUCCAUCACCCUACUUUAUUCUCCCGUUUUCCAUCACCCCACCCCAUUUUCCCGCUAUCCAUCAUCCCGCACUAUUCUCCCGCUUUCCAUCACCCUGCCCCAUUCAUCCGCUUUCCAUCACCCCGCCCCAUUCUCCCGCUUUCCAUCGCCCCACCCCAUUAUCACUCCUUCCAUCAACCCGCCCCAUUCUCCCUCCUUCCAUCAUCCCGCCCCAUUCAACCGUUUUCCAUCACCCCGCCCCAUUCUCUCACUUUCCAUCACCCCGCCCCAUUCUCCCGCUUUCCAUCACCCCGCCCCAUUCUCCCGCCAUCUAGUGCCCCGCCCCAUUCUCCCUCCUUCUAUCACCCCGCCCCAAUCUCCCGCUUUUCAUCACCCCGCCCAUUCUCCUGCUUUCCAUCAACCCGCCCCAUUCUCCCGCUUUCCAUCAUCCCGCCCGAUUCUCCCGCUUUCCAUCACCCUGCCCCAUUCUCCCACUUUCCAUCACCCCGCCCCAUUCUCCCGCUUUCCAUCACCCCUCCCCCAUUCUCCCUGCUUCCAUCACCCCGCCCCAUUCUCCCUCUUUCCAUCACCCCGCCCCAUUCUCCCACUUUCCAUCACCCCACCCCAUUCUCCCGCACCCCAUUCUCCCUCCUUCCUUCAACCCGCCCCAUUCUCCCGCUUUCCAUCACCCCGCCCAUUCUCCCGCUUUACAUCGCACCACCCCAUUCUCACUCCUUCCAUCACUCCGCCCCAUUCUCCCUCCUUCCAUCACCCCGCCCCAUUCAACCGCUUUCCAUCACCCCGUCCCAUUCUCCCGCUUUCCAUCACCCCGCCUCAUUCUCCCGCUUUCCAUCACCCCGCCCCAUACUACCGCUAUCCCGUGCCCUGCCCCAUUCCCCCUCCUUCUAUCACCCCGCCCCAUUCUCCCGCUUUCCAUCACCCCACCCCAUUCUCCCGCUUUCCAUCACCCUGCCCCAUUCUCCUGCUUUCCAUCACCCCUCCCCAUUCUCCCGCUUUCCAUCACCCCACCCCAUUCUCCCGCCUUCCAUCACCCUGCCCCAUUCUCCCGCAUUCCAUCACCCCGCCCAAUUCUCCCGCUUUCAAUCACCCCGCCUCAUUCUCCCGCUUUCCAUCUCCCCGCCCCAUUCUCCCUCCUUCCAACACCCCGACCCAUUCACCCGCUUUCCAUCACCCCGACCCAUUCUCCCGCUUUCCAUCACCCCGCCCCAUUCUUCCGCCAUCUAGUGCCCCGCCCCAUUCUCCCUCCUUCUAUCACCCCGCCCCAUUCUCCCUCUUUCCAUCACCCUGCCCCAUUCUCCCGCUUUCCAUCACCCCACCCCAUUCUCCCGCACCCCAUUCUCCCUCCUUCCUUCAACCCGCCCCAUUCUCCCGCUUUCCAUCACCCCGCCCAUUCUCCCGCUUUCCAUCGCACCACCCCAUUCUCACUCCUUCCAUCACUCCGCCCCAUUCUCCCUCCUUCCAUCACCCCGCCCCAUUCAACCGCUUUCCAUCACCCCGUCCCAUUCUCCCGCUUUCCAUCACCCCGCCCCAUUCUCCCGCUUUCCAUCACCCCGCCCCAUACUACCGCUAUCCAGUGCCCCGCCCCAUUCUCCCUCCUUCUAUCAUCCCGCCCCAUUCUCCCGCUUUCCAUCACCCCGCCCAUUCUCCUGCUUUCCAUCACCCCACCCCAUUCUCCCGCUUUCCAUCACCCUGCCCCAUUCUCCUGCUUUCCAUCACCCCGCCCCAUUCUCCCGCUUUCCAUCACCCCACCCCAUUCUCCCGCCUUCCAUCACCCUGCCCUAUUCUCCUGCUUUCCAUCACUCCGCCCAAUUCUCCCGCUUUCCAUCACCCCGCCCCAUUCUCCCGCUUUCCAUCUCCCCGCCCCAUUCUCCCUCCUUCCAUCACCCCGACCCAUUCUCCCGCUUUCCAUCACCCCGCCCCAUUCUCCCGCUUUCCAUCACCCCGCCCCAUUCUUCCGCCAUCUAGUGCCCCGCCCCAUUCUCCUUCCUUCUAUCACCCCGCCCCAUUCUCCCGCUUUCCAUCACCCUGCCCAUUCUCCCGCUUUCCAUCACCCCACCCCAUUCUCCCGCUUUCCAUCACCCCGCCCCAUUCUCCCGCUUUCCAUCACCCCGCCCUAUUCUCCCUCCUUCAAUCACCCCGCCCCAUUCUCCCUCCUUCCAUCACCCCGCCCCAUUCUCCCGCUUUCCAUCACCCUGUCCCAUUCUCCUGCUUGCCAUCACCCCUCCCCGUUCUCCCUCUUUCCAUCACGCCGCCCCAUUCUCCCGCUUUCUAUCACCCCGCCACAUUCUCCCGCUUUCCAUCACCCCGCCCCAUUCUCCCACUUUCCAUCACCUCGCCUCAUUCUCCCGCUUUCCAUCACCCCGCCCCAUUCUCCCGCUUUCCAGCACCCUGUCCCAUUCUCCCGCUUUCCAGCACCCCGCCCCAUUCUCCCGCUUUCCAUCAACCCGCCACAUUCUCCCGCUUUCCAUCACCCCGCCCCAUUCUCCCGCUUUCCAUCGCCCUGCCCCAUUCUCGCUUUCCAUCAUCCCGUCCCAUUCUCCCGCUUUCCAUCACCCCACCCCAUUCUCCCGCUUUCCAUCGCCCCGCCCCAAUCUCCCGCUUUCCAUCACCCUGCCCCAUAGUCUCGCUUUCCAUCACCCCGCCCCAUUCUCCCGCUUUCCAUCACCCCGCCCCAUUCUCCCGCUUUCCAUCACCCCGCCUUCCCGCUUUCCAUCACACCGCCCCAUUCUCCCGCUUUCCAUCACCCCGCCCCAUUCUCCCUCCUUCCAUCACCCCUCCCCAUUCUCCCUCCUUCCAUCACCCCGCCCCAUUCUCCCGCUUUCCAUCACCCCACCCCAUCCUCCCGCUUUCCAUCACCCCACCCCAUUCUCCCGCUUUCCAUCACCCUGUCCCAUUCUCCUGCUUGCCAUCACCCCUCCCCGUUCUCCCUCUUUCCAUCACGCCGCCCCAUUCUCCCGCUUUCUAUCACCCCGCCACAUUCUCCCGCUUUCCAUCACCCCGCCACAUUCUCCCACUUUCCAUCACCUUGCCUCAUUCUCCCGCUUUCCAUGACCCCGCCCCAUUCUCCCGCUUCCCAGCACCCUGUCCGAUUCUCCCGCUUUCCAGCACCCCGCCCCAUUCUCCCGCUUUCCAUCAACCAGCCUCAUUCUCCCGCUUUCCAUCACCCCGCCCCAUUCUCCCGCUUUCCAUCGCCCUGCCCCAUUCUCGCUUUCCAUCAUCCCGUCCCAUUCUCCUGCUUUCCAUCACCCCACCCCAUUCUCCCGCUUUCCAUCGCCCUGCGCCAAUCUCCCGCUUUCCAUCACCCUGCCCCAUUGUCUCGCUUUCCAUCACCCCGCCCCAUUCUCCCGCUUUCCAUCACCCCGCCCCAUUCUCCCGCUUUCCAUCACACCGCCCCUUUCUCCCGCUUUCCAUCACCCCGCCCCGUUCUCCCUCCUUCCAUCACCCCGCCCCAUUCUCCCUCCUUCCAUCACCCCGCCCCAUUAUCCCGCUUUCCAUCACCCCACCCCAUCCUCCCGCUUUCCAUCACCCCACCCCAUUCUCCCGCUUUCCAUCACGUCGCCCCAUUCUCCCUCUUUUCAUCACCCCGCCUCAUUCUCCCUCUUUUCAUCACCCCGCCCUAUUCUCCCGCUUUACAUCACCCCGCCCUAUUCUCCCUCUUUCCAUCAACCCGCCCCAUUCUCCCGCUUUCCAUCAUCCCGCCCCAUUCUCCCGCUUUCCAUCACCCCGCCCCGUUCUCCCGCUUUUUAGCACCCCGCCCCAUUCUCCCGCUUUCCAUCACCCCGCCCCAUUCUCCCGCUUUCCAUCACCCCGCCCCAUUCUCCCGCUUUUCAUCACCCCGCCCCAUUCUCCCUCCUUUCAUCACCCCGCCCCUUUCUCCCGCCUUCCAUCACCCCGCCCCAUUCUCCCGCUUUCCAUCACCCCGCCCAAUUCUCCUGCUUUCCAUCACCCCGCCCCAUUCUCCCUCCUUCCAUCACCCCGCCCCUUUCUCCCGCCUUCCAUCACCCCGCCCCAUUCUCCCGCUUUCCAUCACCCCGCCCAAUUCUCCCGCUUUCCAUCACCCCGCCCCAUUCUCCCUCCUUCCAUCACUCUGCCCCAUUCUCCCUCCUUCCAUCACCCCGCCCCAUUCUCCUGCUUUUCAUCACCCCACCCCAUUCUCCCGCUUCCCAUCGCCCGCCCCAUUCUCCCGCUUUCCAUCACUCCGCCCCAUUCUGCCGCUUUCCAUCACCCCGCCCCAUUCUCCCGGCUUCCAUCACCCCGCCCCGUUCUCCCGAUUUCCAGCACCCCGCCCCAUUCUCCCACUUUCCAUCACCCCGCCCCAUUCUCCCUCCUUCCAUCACCUCGCCCCAUUCUCCUGCAUUCCAUCACCCCGCCCCAUUCUCCCGCUUUCCAUCACCCCGCCCCAUUCUCCCGCUUUCCAUCGCCCUGCCCCAUUCUCGCUUUCCAUCAUCCCGCCCCAUUCUCCCGCUUUCCAUCACCCCGCCCCAUUCUCCCUCCUUCCAUCACCCCGCCCCAUUCUCCCUCCUUCCAUCACCCCGCCCCUAUCUCCCGCUUUUUAUCACCCCGCCCCAUUCUCCCGCUUUCCAUCACCCCGCCCCAUACUCCGGCUUUCCAUCACCCCGCCCCAUUUUCCCGCUUUCCAUUACCCCGCCCCAUUCUCCCGCUUUCCAUCAUUCCGCCCCAUUCUCCCGCUUUCCAUCACCCCGUUCCAUUCUCCCUUCUUCCAUCACUCCCCCCAAUUCUCCCGCUUUCCAUCACCCCGCCCCAUUCUCCCGCUUUCCAUCACCCCACCCCAUUCUCCCGCUUUCCAUCGCCCCUCCCCAAUCUCCCGCUUUCCAUCACCCUGCCCCAUUGUCUUGCUUUCCAUCUCCCCACCCCAUUCUCCCGCUUUCCAUCACCCCGCCCCAUUCUCCCGCUUUCCAUCACACCGCCCCAUUCUCCCGCUUUCCAUCACCCCGCCCCAUUCUCCCUCCUUCCAUCACCCCGCCCCAUUCUCCCUCCUUCCAUCACCCCGCCCCAUUCUCCCGCUUUCCAUCACCCCACCCCAUCCUCCUGCUUCCCAUCACCCCACCCCAUUCUCCCGCUUUCCAUCACGUCGCCCCAUUCUCCCGAUUUCCAUUACCCCGCCCCAUUCUCCCUCUUUUCAUCACCCCGCCCUAUUCUCCCGCUUUACAUCACCUCGCCCUAUUCUCCCUCUUUCCAUCAACCCGCCCCAUUCUCCCGCUUUCCAUCAUCCCGCCCCAUUCUCCCGCUUUCCAUCACCCCGCCCCGUUCUCCCGCUUUCCAGCACCCCGCCCCAUUCUCCCGCUUUCCAGCACCCCGUCCCAAUCUCCCGCUUUCCAUCACCCCGCCCCAUUCUCCCGCUUUCCAUCACCCCGCCCCAUUCUCCCGCUUUUCAUCAACCCGCCCUAUUCUCCCGCUUUCCAUCACCCCGCCCCAUUCUCCCUCCUUCCAUCACCCCGCCCCUUUCUCCCGCCUUCCAUCACCCCGCCCCAUUCUCCCGCUUUCAAUCACCCCGCCCAAUUCUCCCGCUUUCCAUCACCCCGCCCCAUUCUCCCUCCUUCCAUCACUCCGCCCCAUUCUCCCUCCUUCCAUCACCCCGCCCCAUUCUCCUGCUUUUCAUCACCCCACCCCAUUCUCCCGCUUUCCAUCGCCCGCCCCAUUCUCCCGCUUUCAAUCACUCCGUCCCAUUCUCCCGCUUUCCAUCACCCCGCCCCAUUCUCCCGCCUUCCAUCACCCUGCCCCGUUCUCCCAAUUUCCAGCACCCCGCCCCAUUCUCCCGCUUUCCAUCACCCCGCCCCAUUCUCCCUCCUUCCAUCACCUCGCCCCAUUCUCCUGCAUUCCAUCACCCCGCCCCAUUCUCCCGCUUUCCAUCACCCCGCCCCAUUCUCCCGCUUUCCAUCGCCCUGCCCCAUUCUCGCUUUCCAUCAUCCCUCCCCAUUCUCCCGCUUUCCAUCACCCCACCCCAUUCUCCCUCCUUACAUCACCCCGCCCCAUUCUCCCUCCUUCCAUCACCCCGCCCCUAUCUCCCGCUUUUCAUCACCCCGCCCCAUUCUCCCGCUUUCCAUCACCCCGCCCCAUACUCCGGCUUUCCAUCACCCCGCCCCAUUUUCCCGCUUUCCAUUACCCCGCCCCAUUCUCCCGCUUUCCAUCAUUCCGCCCCAUUCUCCCGCUUUCCAUCACCCCGUUCCAUUCUCCCUCCUUCCAUCACCCCCCCCCAAUUCUCCCGCUUUCCAUCACCCCGCCCCAUUCUCCCGCUUUCCAUCACCCCACCCCAUUCUCCUGCUUUCCAUCGCCGCGCCCCAAUCUCCCGCUUUCCAUCACCCUGCCCCAUUGUCCCGCUUUCCAUCACCCCGCCCCAUUCUCUCGCUUUCCAUCACCCCGCCCCAUUCUCCCGCUUUCCAUCACCCCGCCCCAUUCUCCCUCCUUCCAUCACCCCGCCCCAUUCUCCCGCUUUCCAUCGCCCCACCCCAUCCUCCCGCUUUCCAUCACCCAACCCCAUUCUCCCGCUUUCCAUCACCCCGCCCCAUUCUCCCUCUUUCCAUCACCACCCCGUCCCAUUCUCCCGCUUUCCAUCACCCCGCCCCAUUCUCCCGCUUUCCAUCACCCCGCCCCAUUCUCCCGCUUUUCAUCACCCCGCCCUAUUCUCCCGCUUUCCAUCACCCCGCCCCAUUCUCCCUCCUUCCAUCACCCCGCCCCUUUCUCCCGCCUUCCAUCACCCCGCCCCAUUCUCCCGCUUUCCAUCACCCGCCCAAUUCUCCCGCUUUCCAUCACCCCGACCCAUUCUCCCUCCUUCCAUCACUCCGCCCCAUUCUCCCUCCUUCCAUCACCCCGCCCCAUUCUCCUGCUUUUCAUCACCCCACCCCAUUCUCCCGCUUUCCAUCGCCCGCCCCAUUCUCCCGCCUUCCAUCACUCCGCCCCAUUCUCCCGCUUUCCAUCACCCCGCCCCGUUCUCCCGAUUUCCAUCACCCCGCCCCAUUCUCCCGCUUUCCAUAACCCGGCCCCAUUCUCCCUCCUUCCAUCACCCCGCCCCAUUCUCCUGCAUUCCAUCACCCCGCCCCAUUCUCCCGCUUUCCAUCACCCCGCCCCAUUCUCCCGCUUUCCAUCACCCCACUUCAUUCUCCCGUUUUCCAUCACCCUGCCCCUAUCUCCCGCUUUUCAUCAACCCGCCCCAUUCUCCCGCUUUCCAUCACCCCGCCCCAUACUCCGGCUUUCCAUCACCCCGCCCCAUUUUCCCGCUUUCCAUUACCCCGCCCCAUUCUCCCGCUUUCCAUCACCCCGUUCCAUUCUGCCUCCUUUCAUCACCCCCCCCCCCAAUUCUCCCGCUUUCCAUCACCCCGCCCCAUUCUCCCGCUUUCCAUCACCCCACCCCAUUCUCCUGCUUUCGAUCGCCCUGCCCCAAUCUCCCGCUUUCCAUCACCCUGCCCCAUUGUCCCGCUUUCCAUCACCCCGCCCCAUUCUCCCGCUUUCCAUCACCCCGCCCCAUUCUCCCGCUUUCCAUCAUCCCGCCCCAUUCUCCCUCCUUCCUUCACCCCGCCCCAUUCUCCCUCCUUCCAUCACCCCGCCCCAUUCUCCCGCUUUCCAUCACCCCACCCCAUCCUCCCGCUUUCCAUCACCCCACCUCAUUCUCCCGCUUUCCAUCACCCCGCCCCAUUCUCCCUCUUUCCAUCAAGUCGCCCCAUUCUCCCGAUUUCCAUUACCCCGCCCCAUUCAACCUCUUUUCAUCACCCCGCCCUAUUCUCCCGCUUUACAUCACCCCGCCCGAUUCUCCCGCUUUCCAUCAACCCGCCCCAUUCUCCCGCUUUCCAUCAUCCCGCCCCAUUCUCCUGCUUUCCAUCACCCCGCCCCAUUCUCCCGCUUUCCAACACCCCGCCCCAUUCUCCCGCUUUCCAGCACCCCGUCCCAUUCUCCCGCUUUCCAUCACCCCGCCCCAUUCUCCCGCUUUCCAUCACCCCGCCCCAUUCUCCCGCUUUUCAUCACCCCGCCCUAUUCUCCCGCUUUCCAUCACCCCGCCCCAUUCUCCCUCCUUCCAUCACCCCGCCCCUUUCUCCCGCCUUCCAUCACCCCACCCCAUUCUCCCGCUUUCCAUCACCCCGCCCAAUUCUCCCGCUUUCCAUCACCCCGCCCCAUUCUCCCUCCUUCCAUCACUCCGCCCCAUUCUCCCUCCUUCCAUCACCCCGCCCCAUUCUCCUGCUUUUCAUCACCCCACCCCAUUCUUUCGCUUUCCAUCACCCGCCCCAUUCUCCCGCUUUCCAUCACUCCGCCCCAUUCUCCCGCUUUCCAUCACGCCGCCCCGUUCUCCCGAUUUCCAUCACCCCGCCCCAUUCUCCCGCUUUCCAUCACCCCACCCCAUUCUCCCUCCUUCCAUCACCCCGCCCCAUUCUCCUGCAUUCCAUCACCCCGCCCCAUUCUCCCGCUUUCCAUCACCCCGUCCCAUUCUCCCGCUUUCCAUCACCCCUCUUCAUUCUCCCGUUUUCCAUCACCCCGCCCCAUUUUCCCGCUAUCCAUCAUCCCGCACUAUUCUCCCGCUUUCCAUCACCCUGUCCCAUUCAUCCGCUUUCCAUCACCCCGCCCCAUUCUCCCGCUUUCCAUCGCCCCACCCCAUUAUCACUCCUUCGAUCACCCUGCCCCAUACUCCCUCCUUCCAUCACCCCGCCCCAUUCAACCGCUUUCCAUCACCCGCCCCAUUCUCUUGCUUUCCAUCACCCCGCCCCAUUCUCCCGCUUUCCAUCACCCCGUCCCAUUCUCCCGCUUUCCAUCACCCCGCCCCAUUCUCCCGCUUUCCAUCACCCUGCCCCAUUCUCCCGCUUUCCAUCGCCCGCCCCAUUCUCCCGCUUUCCAUCACUCCGCACCAUUCUCCCACUUUCCAUCACCCCGCCCCAUUCUCCCGCCUUCCAUCACCCCGCCCCGUUCUCCCGAUUUCCAUCACCCCGCCCCAUUCUCCCGCUUUCCAUCACCCCGCCCCAUUCUCCCUCCUUCCAUCACCCUGCCCCAUUCUCCCUCCUUCCAUCACCCCGCCCCAUUCUCCCGCAUUCCAUCACCCCACUUUAUUCUCCCGUUUUCCAUCACCCCGCCCCAUUCUCCCGCCUUCCAUCACCCCGCCCCGUUCUCUAGAUUUCCAUCACCCCGCCCCAUUCUCCCGCUUUCCAUCACCCCGCCCCAUUCUCCCUCCUUCCAUCACCCCGCCCCAUUCUCCCUCCUUCCAUCACCCCGCCCCAUUCUCCCGCAUUCCAUCACCCCACUUCAUUCUCCCGCUUUCCAUCAACCCGCCCCAUUCUCCCACUUUCCAUCACCCCUCCCCCAUUCUCCCUGCUUCCAUCACCCCGCCCCAUUCUCCCUCCUUCCAUCACCCAGCCCCAUUCUCCCGCUUUCCAUAACCCCGCCCCUUUCUCCUGCUUUCCAUCACCCCACCCCAUUCUCCUGCUUUCCAUCACCCCGCCGCAUUCUCCCGCUUUCCAUCACCCCGCCCCAUUCUCCCGCUUUCCAUCACCCCACCCAAUUCUCCCGCUUUCCAUCAACCCGCCCCAUUAUCCAGCUUUCCAUCACCCUGCCCCAUUCUCCCUCCUUCCAUCACCCCGCCCCAUUCUCCCGCAUUCCAUCACCCCACUUCAUUCUCCCGUUUUCCAUCACCCCGCCCCAUUCUCCCGCCUUCCAUCACCUCGCCCCGUUCUCUAGAUUUCCAUCACCCCGCCCCAUUCUCCCGCUUUCCAUCACCCCGCCCCAUUCUCCCUCCUUCCAUCACCCCGCCCCAUUCUCCCUCCUUCCAUCACCCCGCCCCAUUCUCCCGCAUUCCAUCACCCCACUUCAUUCUCCCGCUUUCCAUCAACCCGCCCCUUUCUCCCACUUUCCAUCACCCCUCCCCCAUUCUCCCUGCUUCCAUCACCCCGCCCCAUUCUCCCUCCUUCCAUCACCCAGCCCCAUUCUCCCGCUUUCCAUAACCCCGCCCCUUUCUCCUGCUUUCCAUCACCCCACCCCAUUCUCCUGCUUUCCAUCACCCCGCCGCAUUUUCCCGCUUUCCAUCACCCCGCCCCAUUCUCCCGCUUUCCAUCACCCCACCCAAUUCUCCCGCUUUCCAUCAACCCGCCCCAUUAUCCAGCUUUCCAUCACCCCGCCCCAUUCUCCCUCCUUCCAUCACCCCGCCCCAUUCUCCUGCUUACCAUCACCCCGCCCGUUCUCCCGCUUUCCAUCGCACCACCCCAUUCUCCCUCCUUCCAUCACCCCGCCCCAUUCAACCGCUUUCCAUCACCCCGUCCCAUUCUCCCCCUUUCCAUCACCCCGCCCCAUUCUCCCGCUAUCCAUCACCCCACCCAAUUCUCCCGCUUUCCAUCACCCCACUUCAUUCUCCCGUUUUCCAUCACCCCGCCCCAUUUUCCCGCUAUCCAUCAUCAUGCACUAUUCUCCUACUUUCCAUCACCCUGCCCCAAUUAUCCACUUUCCAUCACCCCGCCCCAUUUUCCCGCUUUCCAUCGCCCCACCCCAUUAUCACUCCUUCCAUCACCCCGCCCCAUUCUCCCUCCUUCCAUCACCCCGCCCCAUUCAACCGCUUUCCAUCACCCCGCCCCAUUCUCUCGCUUUCCAUCACCCCGCCCCAUUCUCCCGCUUUCCAUCACCCCGCCCCAUUCUCCCGCCAUCUAGUGCCCCGCCUAAUUCUCCCUCCUUCUAUCACCCCGCCCCAUUCUCCCGCUUUCCAUCACCCCGCCCUUUCUCCUGCUUUCCGUCAACCCGCCCCAUUCUCCCUCCUUCUACCACCCCACCCAAUUCUCCCGCUUUCCAUCACCCCGCCCCAUUCUCCCGCUUUCCAUCACCUCGCCCCACUCUCCCUCCUUCCAUCAUCCCGCCCCAUUCUCCCGCUUUCUAUCACCCCGCCCAUUCUCCCGCUUUCCAUCGCACCACCCCAUUCUCACUCCUUCCAUCACCCCGCCCCAUUCUCUCUCCUUCCAUUCUCCCGCUUUCCAUCACCCCGCCCCAUUCUCCCGCUUUCCAUCACCCCGCCCCAUACUACCGCUAUCCAGUGCCCUGCCCCAUUCUCCCUCCUUCUAUCACCCCGCCCCAUUCUCCCGCUUUCUAUCACCCUGCCCAUUCUCCUGCUUUCCAUCACCCCACCCCAUUCUCCCGCUUUCCAUCACCCUGCCCCAUUCUCCCGCUUUCCAUCACCCCACCCCGUUCUCCCGCCUUCCAUCACCCUGCCCCAUUCUCCCGCUUUCCAUCACCCCGCCCAAUUCUCCCGCUUUCCAUCACCUCGCCCCUUUCUCCCGCUUUCCAUCUCCCCGCCCCAUUCUCCCUCCUUCCAUCACCCCGACCCAUUAUCCCGCUUUCCAUCACCCCGCCCCAUUCUCCCACUUUCCAUCACCCCGCCCCAUUCUCCCGCCAUCUAGUGCCCCGCCCUAUUCUCCCUCCUUCUAUCACCCCGCCCCAUAAGAGCUACGUAGCGGGCCAGAAGGCCAAGAGGGUAUGCUAG